AUGAAGCAGGCGCCCCAAGUCCUCCAGUUGUGUGAGUAGAAGCGAAAGGCGUGCUGGAGCUUCUUGCUGUGCAGGCGCUUGAACUGGUUGGCGACGAAUUUGAGGUCCUCUGCGCGGAGCGCGAAGGCCUCCACCUCCUCGAGGGCCCUCACCGUGCGGGUCGAGGAGGGCAGGUUCAAGCUGGGGUUGGGCAUCAGGGCCCAGGUGAGGAGCUCUUCUCCGCAGAAGUCUCCGGGACGGAGAGUGAUGGAGUUGAAGAAGCCGCUCCGGCCACCGUUGGUCGUGGAGCUCUCCAAUCGGCCUCUGAUCACGAAGAGCAUCUCGUUCACUGGGUCGCCCUCGCGGACGAUAAACGUCCCCUGCGUGCUCAGGCAGGAGACCAGGCGCUCGCAGAUGGCGUCGAGGAGCUGCGCGUCCAUCUGAGAGAAGAAGGGGACCUGCAGGAGGAGGAGCAUCAUGAUCUUGUAAGAGGGUGGGUUUUCACCGUUUUCAUUCAUUUAGCUGACCAUUUUUUUCAAUCAGGUUGAUGAUAUUCGAUGAAUGUGUUUUGAUAGAUAAAUGAUUGAUUCACUUGUAACAGUAAGCAGCAAGAGGAAGACGAAUCUUCCAGCUUGGUAUAAGCCAAAUGCGCUUUAAUUUUCAGAUACUAAUUCACUUCUAACAGUAAGCAGCAGGAGGAAGAAGAACUAGAAUGUGUCAUUGAGUGGAAAGGAAAAAAAUGGCAGCCUAGAAGAUCGGAAAUCCCUCGCCGAGUAGUAAUCUGUCUAAAAUCUUCUAUGGAGAAUAGGGAUUGUUAAGUGUGGCGAGUUGUGGGUUGUUCAUGAUCUUUCCUGCAGAUGAUGUGUGAUCAUCCUGCAAAUAUUGAUCUGCUCCAAGGCAUGCUGGUCAAAGGCGAAUGUAGAAAAACGUUCUACAAGGACAGGAUACUUACACGACGAACAAGAUCUAAGCAAAGGUGCCGCUGAAUAUCCCGACGAAGAUCCAAUGGCAAGGACCGAAGGAUAGAUUCUUCGUCAACACCUCUAGUAGCAAGCCAUUUGUACUGAACAAACCGGUGAACGCGCUCCUGCAGAUCUGGAGGGAGUUUGCGGUGCCUCAUCCACUCCUCAGUGUCUCUCCUUUUGACUCGCCAUUCUUCAAGUCUCACAGUUACUGAUUGCAGGUAUGUCUUGCCAAAGCAAAAAGUGCUUAGAUAAUUCACGGCUAUGAUUGAAUAAAUCAUUAAAUUGUCAAGAACAGAAAAGCUGUACAGAAUGUUAAUUCACCCAAGAAGAUUGAUAAACAAAACCCAUAUUUUUCUCCCUCUGCUCUCAGCUUAGAACAAAUUAUAUCUUGCCCUUGAUAGGUUGGAUCCUGGUCUCGGUAUCUAUCUUACCUCAGUCUUCCGGAGAAGUGGGAUACAAGAUAUAUUUCAAGCAGCUAAGUUUAAAUCGUAUAAAAACUUUCAAAGAUUCUGGUACUGGUUCAUAGGCUUGAAGAGCUUAAAAUAGGUGUCUGAAACGUUUAUAAAACAAGCCCUAACGUGGGCACAGUCCUAGAUUAAGCACUGCCACUAUAUACAACAUUAGUGAAAGAAGUGACCCUGGGCUAGUGAAUUUUCAGAGAUCAGCGUAGGGCAAACAUGGCUGAAAGUUAUUCUGAGUUUGGAAUUCAAUAAGAUUCGAAAGGCAAGGAGUGAAGUCCUUUGUGAUACACAAGAAUUUCUCGACAAAAGUAAGAAAUGAUAUACCAACCAUAGAGCAGCAGGUUGGUAUAUCAUCUUCUCUGCAUAUUGUCCAUAACUGACCAUUUGACCGUGUAAGGCAUGGAAUGUCAUUAAAAUACAGGAUAUUGUUCAUCUAUUAUUUAAUCUUUAUGCGAGUAACAUGGUUAGAGAUGCAUCAUUCUUAAGGUGAAUCACCCAUUUAUAUCGGAAAAACCCAUAAAAGUUCAGGCAGGUGAAUCUCAUAUUUACAAAUGUACGAGUCCACAAGGAACCAAGAUAAAUUCUGUGAUGAAUGUUUUUUUUUUGUUUGGGUUUGCAAGUUUACUGUGCAUCAUUAACAUUUUACGAAAAUAUUUUGUUCAUGAAUGCAAAAAAUUGUAAAAAUAGCACACUAUUCCUAGGAUCUAUGAUUGAGCACACGAUAAUCUAAGAAAAAUCAAGAGUGUAACUUAUACCUGCAUAUUACCAAUCAACUGGGAGAAUAGAAUGAGUCCCACAAUGCAUAUAAGAAUGCAAAAUGAUGUUUCACCAGCGUAGGUGCUCGUUACAAUUCCUUGUCCAUAUGAACUGUGGAAGAGGAAACAGGGUCAGUUAUAAUGAUCUUAAGACUGGAUGAAUCCUUCCACCAUCGCAACGUACUUGCAAACAAUUAAAUGAGCAGCUCCAAUGCAUAUCAUUUGCAGAACGGAACGGAGAAGAAAAAAUAUUCGCCAAACAUUUUACAGGAAGUUUGUUGCCUAGGAAUAAAAUUAAAAGUUGGGUUAGAUAUAUUACCAAAAUGAUAAAAUCCCAAGCAAGCACUAUCAUCAGUAAUCUAGGAACCAGACUGUCUCAUAAAUUCAACUUAUUGGUGUUCAUGCUAAGUUAUUUCCCAGAAUGAUAAUUUUAUGGGGGAAUGUCAUGCAAGAUCUACUUACUAGAACGACAUACUGGAGCUUGAGGGAUAUCACCUAUCUAGAUGGAGUUAUUGA